GAUCGCGGCCGGAGCCGCCAUUGUUCCGCCGAGGGAGGACAGCGGGGCCUGGCCCUGGCGCGGAGACGCCGCUUAGCGGCCGCCGCUGGAGACACUCCCUCCCGCCGCCCCCCUCCUCCUGGCGGCGGCGGAGUGAGGCUGACGGGGGCACUGGGAGCCCCCUGUCCUCCUGGCGGCGGCAGCGGCCGAUCCCCGGCUCCGGCGCGAGGGGCGGCCGCAAUGCGCUCGGCCUGAGUUGGUCCGGCCUGGCCUUACCUUGCUUCCCUUGACUGUUCCACGGCGUCUCUGCGCCCCGGCGUCAUUCUGCGAGUGCCGCUGACGGGAGGGAAGAUGGCUACACGGAGCUGGCUGGACGAGCUGGCCCAGCAGGCCGAGGAGGGCUCAGCCCGGCUGCAGGAAAUGCUCUCGGUCGGCCUAGGCUUUCUGCGCACCGAGUUGGGCCUCGACCUGGGGCUGGAGCCGAAACGGUACCCGGGCUGGGUGAUCCUGGUGGGCAUGGGCGCGCUCGGGCUCCUGCUGCUCUUCCUGCUCGGCUACGGCUGGGCCGCGGCUUGCGCCGGCGCCCGCAAGAAGCGGAGGAGCCCGCCUCGCAAGCGGGAGGAGGCGGCGGCCGCGCCGGGCCCGGCCGCUGACGACCUAGGCGUGCUGAAGAAUCUCAGGAGCGAGGAGCAGAAGAAGAAGAACCGGAAGAAAUUGCCGGAGAAGCCCAAACCAAACGGACGGACCAUCGAAGUGGCUGAGGAAGAGGUCGUCCGAACUCCUCGGAGUGCAGCAGCUAAGCAGCCAUUAGAGACACACAAGAAAAAUGAAAAGUCAAAGAAAAAUAAGAAGAAAUCAAAGUCAGAUGCUAAAGCAGUGCAAAACAGUUCACGCCAUGAUGGAAAGGAAGUUGAUGAAGGAGCCUGGGAAACUAAAAUUAGUCACAGAGAGAAACGACAGCAGCGUAAACGUGAUAAGGUGCAGUCUGAUUCUGGUUCAUUGGAUUCAACUAUCCCUGGGAUAGAAAAUACCAUCACAGUUACCACCGAGCAAGUUACAACUGCAUCAUUUCCUGUUGGUUCCAAGAAGAAUAAAGGUGAUUCUCAUCUAAAUGUUCAAGUUAGCAACUUUAAGUCUGGAAAAGGAGAUUCUACACUUCAGGUUUCUUCAGGAUUGAAUGAAAACCUCACUGUAAAUGGAGGAGGCUGGAAUGAAAAGUCUGUAAAACUCUCCUCACAGAUCAGUGCAGGUGAGGAGAAGUGGAACUCUGUUUCACCUCCUUCUGCAGGCAAGAGGAAAACUGAACCAUCUGCUUGGGGUCAAGACGGUGGAGAUGCUAAUGCAAAUGGAAAAGACUGGGGAAGGAGUUGGAGUGACCGAUCAAUAUUUUCUGGCAUUGCUGCUUGGUCUAGUGUGGAUAGGGGAAUGAAUACCUCUGAACAGAAUUCUGCUUCUUUUGCAUCUCUCACACUUAACUCUGCUGUUUCUGGGUCUACUGCUGAGCCAGUUUCUCAGUCUACCACUUCUGAUUAUCAGUGGGAUGUUAGCCGUAAUCAACCAUAUAUCGAUGAUGAAUGGUCUGGGUUAAAUGGUAUGUCUUCUGCUGAUCCCAGCUCUGAUUGGAAUGCGCCAGCAGAAGAGUGGGGAAAUUGGGUAGAUGAAGAAAGAGCUUCACUUCAAAAGUCCCAGGAACCAAUUCCUGAUGAUCAAAAAGUUUCAGAUGAAGAUAAAGAAAAGGGAGAGGGAGCUCUUCCAACAGGGAAAUCUAAAAAGAAGAAAAAGAAAAAGAAGAAGCAAGGUGAAGAUAACUCUCCUGCACAGGACACAGAAGAAUUAGAAAAAGAGAUUAGAGAAGAGCUCCCAGUGAAUACCUCUAAGGUCCGUGCAAAACAGGAAAAAGCUUUUUCUUUGAAGACCAUAAGCACUAGUGAUCCAGCUGAAGCGCUCAUCAAAAAUAGCCAGCCUAUCAAGACUCUUCCACCUGCUGUUUCUACCGAGCCAUCUGUUAUUUCAUCAAAAAGUGAUUCUGACAAGAGCUCUUCCCAAGUGCCACCGAUGCUACAAGAAACAGAUAAAUCCAAGUCGAAUACUAAGCAAAAUAGUGUGCCUCCUUCACAGACCAAGUCUGAAACUAGUUGGGAAUCUCCCAAACAAAUAAAAAAGAAGAAAAAAGCCAGACGGGAAACGUGAAUGUUUUUUUUCCUGAAUUGGACAUGUGUUUGCAAACACUGUCUUGAAGAUUAUGCUGUUUAUGCAAUAAUUUGUGAACAUGUACAGAGUUUUAUAUAAAUUUAAACCAAUUUUUAAAACAAAACUGUGAACACAACCACCGUAAAAAUGGAAUCAAAGGAAAGUUAAUUUAUGAAAUUAAGAGGUCAGCAGAAUUGGAAGACACUUGGGGAAAGUCUUUUCAAUCUAACAAGAACGAUCUUAAUUUAAGAAUAUUAUCCUGGUUUUACAACAGUGCCCUGUUUACAACAGAUUGUGCCCUGUCUCAUCUGCAGCUGAGGAAUAAAGGAUUCUGAUUAGAGAGAGGGUUGCCUACAUAUUCGUAGGCAGCUUCUUGGAUCUUAUGCACGGAACUUAAACCAUUUGAAUCUGUUUUAUGCUUAAAUCAAAGUGCUUUGAUCAAAUGCAUAAUCUGCCAUAUCUUUACAUAUUUGUUGGUAGCAAUUUGUAUUAAAGAAAUCACAAGUGCAAAUAAAAAGUCAUUUAUCGUUUGUUUAACUAAACUGUCAUGGUUUAGUUUACAAUUUUUAAAAAGUUCUUAAAACAUUCAAAAUGCAGUUGACACUUGUAUGGCUUAUGAAGUUAUUUUUGAUAGUCUUACUUUACUUGAAUUGUUCAAAGUACAGUAUAUUUUAAGUUAAGAAAGGUAAACUAUAUAUUUGUUUUAUACUUUUAAGGUUCAGACUCACAAAUAAUGCUCUUGUUGAUGAUUUGAAAACUUUCAGGCAAAAUCCACCUUACAUUUUUUCCUUUCCCUAGCAAUUACUUUUUUUUCCAGCACCAACUCUUCAUCAUUACUAAUACUUUUUUGACUUUAAAAAUGAAAUCUUUCACAAACUAGUUAUGCAGACAGAACUUUGAUUAUAUGAUGGAGAAUGAAAAACUAAAGUCAGACAGCUUUAAUUGACAUUGUCAAGACCUCCAGUUAUCAGGAAUACAUUUUUUUACUGCCUUAACCUGUAGUGCGUAGAAUAUGCAUCAAUUUCUUGAAGGGGAUUCGUGUUUUUAUAAGAAUUUUCAUGUAAUUAUUGCAAUCGUGAUCAAAUAAGGAACGUUUCCUGCUUGAAACUGUAUUGAUUUAAAUGAUGUGUGAGAUGUUUCACCAUUUUCAGGCACUGUGUAAUUCUAUUGUAAUAAACUGGCAGGUAUCUUUGUAACUAUAAAUAGUGCAUGCUCAGCCAUGUACACUGUAAAUAGCCUUUACCAAACGUGUUUGACAAGGACCAUAAUUAACAUCACUUAGUGAAUUGUGAUAAAGAAGAAAAGCCAUGAUUUAUUCGAUGUGAUUGGCUUAAUUGUUUUCCUGUGGCGCCAAGAAUGAAACUGUUUAACAGCUGUAACCAAUGGUACUGAUCUGUCCAUCCAAUCUUGUCUUUAUUAUAUUUGACUGUGGUUUGAUAGUAUUGCAUUGUCACACUAGGAAAGCUAAAGAAACAAAAUGCUUUUAGUUUUGCUGAAGACUGGCCUUAUUAAUGGACAGCUUUCCUAACAAGUGAUUAUUAACUUUUAUCAGGUGUUAACAUCUGUUUCAGGAACAUGGCAGUAUGUUUACAUGUCAGAAGUUUUGUUUAAUUCUAUAUUUCUAAAUUGAUUUGUUUAAAUAAAUUCAGCAAAUGGA